AUGCUGAACGAAUUCUUCAAUAAUUCCAUGCAUUCUUCUCGCUCUGCAGCGCAAGCAGCAAUCGACAAGCACACGCCCGCGACAAUAUCCAUGUACGACCACUCCCAAGGGGUAAUCCUCUCUCCGGGGGUCGCACCCGCACGCACUCUCCUUCCCCACCCUCCAUUCCAUGCUUGUCAACACCCUCGAUGGACUCCCACUGCCCACUGCUCACACCUGUCCAAGUUGAGUCCGUCAACGGCUUCCACUUUGCCAUCUCCCUUUGUUCCAGAACGUCCCAGAGAUACGCCCUUACAAUCCAAGGCUCAGUUCACGGUACCUCCUAUUGGACGCCUCCGAAUCAGCUCGUUCAACGCUCCGGAUCUCGAUCUGCAUGCACCACUCACACUCGCUGCACACCGUCACGGUGCAGCUCUCCCUUUAGGCCAGAACGCCCCGGGAAUACACCCCUCAGUCAACAGUGCAGCUUCGCCUGCGGCUCAAAUUAGCUCAUUCAACACUCCGGAUCUCAACCCUAGUGCACCACUCACACUCGCUACAUGCCAUUGCGGUGUAUCUAUCUCCUCAAUCCAGUUACCUACUCAUGCUGACAACACUCAUGCCCACACUCUUAGUUAA